UCCUGUGUCUGUAUUUCAAAAUAUAGAAGACACGUGCUUUGCUGUGUCACUGCCUGCUUUCUGUGAUGUGUCACAUGAUGGCCUCCCCUAUUUUUAAGACGUGUGCUUGCUGGUCAGCUCAGGUUUCCGUUUCUUGGUGUUCAGAAAGCAGCUGGUUGUUCAGUCAGAAAGAGACUUGUCUACAAGGGGCUGGAGGCUGAUAGGAGUCUUUCUAAAUGAGCCGGAAAUUGUAUAGGAUUGGACUGGAAAAUGUGAAAAUGGAAAACUCAGUCGUGAUGCGUAUGAGCUGAGGCUGGGAUUGUAUUCACCCUUCCUCACAAGUGCUGGAUUUUUCAAAGCUUCCUCCUUGGGUUGUCUCGGAAGAAAUGUGUGUUAGAAUCCCCCGGGGACCUGUGCAGCAGCCCCUGGAGGAUCGGAUCUUCACGCCAACCGUCUCGGCUGUGUACAGCACUUUUAUCUCCUCACAGGUUGCACAGGUUGCAAGACAGCCAGGCCCUCCUGCCCCCUCCCCUUAUUCUGCACAUGAGAUAGGCAAGGGACACCCAGCUCUUGCUGCCACGCCGCCAGGACAUGCCUCCUCCCCGGGUCUCACCCAGCAGCCAGGAGGGAGGAGGGACAGAAGCUUUCCACCCCACCCAAGAGCCAGCAGUCUUUUUGAAGAUCCAAGGGAACUGGUGCAAAGGAUUCUGGGAUGUGGGAUGGCCCCUUACCCCUCUGGACAGAACGCUGCACCGACCACGCUGGUCUAUCCGCAGGCCCCUCAGACGAUGAGCACACAGCCUCAGACGCGCUCUCCGCCCGGCAGAGCAAUGCCAAUACAUUGCCCAGACACCUGGAAGCGGAGGAAGGUUUUGGAACAGAGUCCGGUUUACAGGUCCUUGGCCGGAAGAGGCUGGAUAAAAUACUGCAUUUUUGCAGCGGGGCCUCGACCUGCCCAUCAUCAGUUUUUUCAGAGGCCUCAGAUCCAGCCUCCAAGAGCAACAAUCCAGAACAGCAGCCCUUCCAUCCGCCCUGGCGCACAGACGCCCACGGCCGUCUACCAAGCCAAUCCGCACAUCAUGAUGGUGAACCACCUUCCUAUGCCGUAUCCGAUGCCUCAGGGGCCCCAGUACUGUAUACCGCAGUAUCGCCACAGCGGCCCUCCUUACGUUGGGCCCCCACAACAGUACCCUGUCCAGCCGCCAGGGCCGGGCCCGUUCUACCCGGGGCCGGGGCCGGGAGAAUUCCCCAAUGCCUACGGAGCACCGUUCUAUCCCAGCCAGCCGGUGUACCAGUCAGCGCCCCUCAUAGUGCCUACGCAGCAGCAGCAGCCCCUCCCGCCAGCCAAGCGUGAGAAGAAGACGAUCCGCAUCCGCGAUCCAAACCAAGGGGGCAAAGACAUCACAGAGGAAAUUAUGUCUGGCGGAGGGAGCAGGAACCCCACGCCGCCCACGAUCAGGCCCACCUCCACGCCCACACCUCCCCAGCAGCUGUCCAGCCAGGUCCCAGAGCACAGCCCUGUCGUGUACGGGACUGUGGAAAGCUCUCCUCUCACUGCCAGCAGCCCCGUCGCUGUGACUAGUGACCAGAAGCAAGAAGAGAAGCCUAAAGCAGACCCAGUAUUAAAAUCUCCUUCCCCUGCCCUCAGACCAGAGCCUAGUGGAGAGAGAAAAGAUCAAAUGGGCCCGACAGCGGAGACCCCCGCCACCAUGGAGACCGCUCUGGAGCUUCCUCUCUCUGCUUUGUCCUCCCCUGUCGCAGCCGCCGCCGCCACCGCCGCUCCUAGUAAAUCGCCGCUUGCGACAGACUCGGAGGACGGAUGUGAACUCACUUCCUCGAAGCAGGACGCUGCCCCGCUGCUGAGCGCUGCGCCCUGCAUGGAACGGGCCGCCUGUCCCCCGACAGAGGAGGCCACUGCCAGUAUAUGCAGGGAGUCCCCUGGAAUGGUCCCCAAUCAUCUUCAAGUGACUGCUAGUACUAAUCUAAUUCAUGAACUCAAUGGAGUUGGCGAAAGGGCGACUGUUAGUGACAGCGUCGUGGACCCGGAUCAAGAGGAGGUGCUCGUGCCGCUGGCCGUGGAGCCAGAGAGCCUGGAAGCCGCUCCGGCCGAAGCGGAGAGCACACUGCCUUCGGCGCCUGCCGCUCUUCCCGCGGCUCUGUCCCCCCCUCCGUCUCCCCCUCCGGCACCUCCCAGUCCUCCCCUUCCUGUCGCCGCCGCCGCCGCUGCUGUUACCACUACCAGCCCCCUUCCUCCUCCGUCUCCUCCUCUCCUGCCACCUGGCACCCCGCCAGCUCCUCAGGGGGAUUUGGAAGGAGAGGAGGCCGCAAGAACUGCUCCUGGGGAAGACGCCCAGGAAGCCCUCGCUCAAGGAGAGUUGGAGGUGGAUGGACGGCCGGAGGAGAAUGAGGAGACUCAGGGCUUGAAUGCAGUGCAGGGCCCUGGAGCAGCCCAAGCAGCUGUAACUGCACCAAAGACAUGGAAGAAACCAAAAGAUCGGAGCCAGGCCGCCCAGGAGGGAGUGGAGGCUGAGCCCGAGCCUAAACCAGAAGAAGAACUUGGAGGUGACCGAAUACUUGAAUCUGAACAAGAGGCCAUGAGCCAUGGGACUGGCCCCAGAAGGGACUCUGCCCCUGACCUUAAAAUAGUAAAGGCCUUGGAAGAAAAUGGUGAGCAGGAAGGAGAGCCCAUCCGUAAUGGUGCUGAGAAUGUUUCUGAGGAUGAAGGAGCUGAUGGGAGUUUGGGCUGCACAGAGAAUCCCAGUGAAGCCCCGGCCAGCCAGUACAAACCAGAGCAGUGGAAGCCUCUGGACUCGGAAGGGAAGAAGCAGUAUGAUCGGGACUUCCUGCUGGACUUCCAGUUCAUGCCUGCCUGCAUCCAGAAGCCGGAGGGGCUGCCGCCCAUCAGCGACGUGGUCCUCGACAAGAUAAAUCAGCCCAAGCUGCCUCUUCGAACGUUGGAUCCUCGGAUAUUGGCACGGGGUCCAGAUUUCACUCCGGCUUUUGCUGAUUUUGGAAGACAGAUCCCUGGUGGGCGAGGUGCAGCUGCUUGCAAAGUGCAGCCCCCGCCUGGACUGCAGUCGCUCGCUCGGUGCGGCCCCCCAGCAUGCCCUCUGUUGGUCUCGUCUCACCCACAGCUGAGGAACCUGCAGAUAGGGCUCUUGAACGUCGGCCCUCGGAGAGCGCAGCCGGGCCAGCGGCGGGAGCCCCGGAAGAUCAUCACUGUUUGCGUCAAGGAGGACGUCCACCUGAAAAAGGCGGAGAACGCCUGGAAGCCGAGCUUGAAGCGCGAGACGCAGGCCGAGGACCCCGAGAGCAUCAAGACGCAGGAGCUGUUCCGCAAAGUCCGAAGCAUCUUGAACAAGCUGACGCCACAGAUGUUCAAUCAGCUCAUGAAGCAAGUGACGGAUUUGACUGUGGACACGGAAGAGAGGUUGAAAGGCGUCAUCGAUCUGGUGUUUGAGAAAGCCAUCGACGAGCCCAGCUUUUCCGUGGCAUACGCAAACAUGUGCCGAUGCCUCGUCACGCUGAAAGUGCCCAUGGCUGACAAGCCUGGGAGCACCGUAAACUUCCGGAAGCUGCUGCUGAAUCGUUGCCAGAAGGAGUUUGAAAAAGACAAAGCGGAUGACGAUGUCUUUGAGAAGAAGCAGAAAGAACUGGAAGCUGCGACAACGCCAGAGGAGCGGACGCGGCUUCACGAUGAGCUGGAAGAGGCCAAGGACAAGGCCCGGCGGCGGUCGAUCGGGAACAUCAAGUUCAUCGGCGAGCUCUUCAAACUGAAGAUGCUGACGGAGGCCAUCAUGCACGACUGUGUGGUGAAGCUGCUGAAGAACCACGACGAGGAGUCUUUGGAGUGCCUCUGCCGCCUGCUGACCACCAUCGGCAAAGACUUGGACUUUGAGAAAGCCAAGCCUCGGAUGGACCAGUAUUUCAACCAGAUGGAGAAGAUAGUGAAAGAGAGAAAAACCUCCUCUAGAAUCCGCUUCAUGCUUCAGGAUGUCAUCGACCUCCGGCAGUGUAACUGGAUUUCCCGGAGGGCCGACCAAGGCCCCAAGACGAUAGAGCAGAUUCAUAAAGAAGCCAAAAUCGAGGAGCAGGAGGAGCAGCGGAAGGUCCAACAACUGAUGACCAAAGAGAAAAGGAGGCCUGGUGUCCAGAGAGUAGAGGAGGGUGGCUGGAACACCGUGCAGGGGGCAAAGAACAGUCGCGUGCUGGACCCCACCAAGUUCCUGAAAAUCACCAAGUCCACGAUAGACGACAAGAUUCAGCUUGUGCCUAAGGCCCAGUUGGGCAGCUGGGGGAAAGGCAGCAGCGGCGGAGCCAAGGCCAGUGAGACUGAUUCCUUACGACCAAGUGCCACUAGUUUGAACCGAUUCUCUGCACUGCAGCCUCCUGUGCCAUCGGUAUCCGCCUCGGUCCCCUCCUCCGAUCUGGACUCUCGCAGGGCCUUAACUAGUCGUGGGAGCACAGGCAGAGAGAAGAACGACAAGCUGCUGCCCUCGUCCGUGGCCCGCCCCAACGCCUUCCUGCGGGUCAGCAGCAGCAAGGAGCAGCUCUUGGACAACCAGGCCCAAGAGGAGCAGCGGAGGGAGAUGCUGGAGACAGUGAAGCAGCUGACGGGUGGCCUGGAGAGCGACCGAAGUAGCGGCCUGGAGGCAGACAGGAGCAAAGCCAAGGAGCCGGCCAAGCCCGAAAUCCACACGUCCCCUGCCCGAGAAAAGCCUGUCUUGUCGGAAGAGGAAAUAGAGAGAAAGUGCAAAUCAAUCAUUGAUGAAUUCCUGCACAUCAACGACUACAAGGAAGCCAUGCAGUGUGUGGAGGAGCUGAAUGUGCCGGGCGCCCUGCCUGUCUUUGUGCAAGUUGGAGUGGAGUCCACCCUGGAGAGGAGCCAGAUCACCAGAGACCAUAUGGGCCAGCUGCUGUAUCAGCUGGUGCAGUCGGAGACGCUGAGCAAGCAGGACUUCUUCAAGGGGUUUGCCGACACCUUAGAGACCGCGGACGACAUGGCGAUCGACAUCCCGCACAUUUGGCUGUACCUGGCUGAACUGGUGACUCCCAUGUUGAAAGAAGGAGGGAUCUCUCUCAGAGAGCUUCUGACAGAAUUUAGCAAACCCUUACUUCCUGUGGGAAGAGCUGGCAUCUUGCUUUCCCAAAUUUUGCACCUUCUAUGCAAACAAAUGAGCCAUAAGAAAGUGGCGGCCUUGUGGAGGGAGGCCAGCCUCAGCUGGAACGACUUCCUACCUGAAGAGGAGGAUGUCCACGCCUUUCUCAUGGAGCAGAAGUUGGACUUCACAGAGACGGAGAGCCCCAGUUCCUCAGAAGCACUUUCAAAGAAAGAACUUUCUGCUGACGAGCUGGACAGGCAGCUGGAGAAGCUCAUCACUGAGGACAAGGCGAAUGACGAGCAGAUCUUCGACUGGGUGGAGGCUAAUCUAGACGAGGGCCAGAUGAGUUCACCUACAUUCCUUAGAGCUUUAAUGACAGCAGUUUGUAAAGCGGCUAUUAUAGCGGAUAGCUCUAGCCUGCGAGUGGACACUGCCGUCGUCAAGCAGAGAGUGCCGGUCUUGCUUAAGUACCUCGACUCGGACACAGAGAAGGAGCUACAAGCACUUUACGCGCUACAAGCAUCAGUAGUAAAGCUGGAUCAGCCUCCUAAUUUGCUGCGGAUGUUUUUCGACUGCCUCUAUGAUGAGGAGGUGAUCUCGGAGGACGCUUUCUACAAGUGGGAGAGCAGCAAGGACCCGGCGGAGCAGCACGGGAAGGGCGUGGCGCUGAAAUCGGUCACGGCGUUCUUCACGUGGCUACGAGAAGCUGAGGAGGAGUCGGAGGACAACUAAAACUGAAUACAAAAAACAGCAAAAAAAUCCCACAAAAAACACAAUUUAAGUAUUUUUUUAAAAAAAGUUUCAUGUCUUCGCCAAUCACAGUGCAGCAAGGCCAAUUCUCGCGCAGAUCCCCCCUCCCCCACGUGUGCACGAGCGGGGGAGGAAACAUAGGUAUAAACGCAAAGGCGAUCAUGGAGGACAGAAAACGUACUUGAAAAUUCAAGUCCACUUCAAACCUGAGGGCAGGAGCACUAAACCAAAAUACAUCUAUUAUUUAUAGAAAAUAUUUUCUCUUUUAAUCUUUUUUUUCCUUUUUAAACAAGGACUCUUACUUUAAGAAAAAAAGCAAAUCUGUUUAGCAAAAAAAUGAGAACUUUAAUUUAUUAUUUUAAGAACUGCAAAUGUCAGUGUAAUUUUUAAAUUUGCAGUUUCUGUAACAAAUUGUAUAAUAGACAAAAAAAGCAGAGAAAUAAAUUUCCCUCCCUUUCAGAUCCACCUCAGUUUUGUUUCAAAGCACGGUAGCUAUAUAAUAAAUUCCAAAGGGGGUCAGGAACGAGCUAGGUGAGGGAGAUGAACUUUUCAAAAAAGAAUGUCAGCAGAUUUUCUGCCUGCCUCUCCGCUCGCUUCCAAAAUUAAAAAGAAAAUGCGUAACAGUGUAACGCAGGAACCGCAUUUGCGAAAACAGCCGUGGACCAGGCUGCUUGGAGAACGACUCCGCCAGUCGCAAGCAGGGCUACCCUGGAAGCAGAAGCAGAAGAAGAAAAAGAGAAGAAGUGCUAGUGAUACUUCCAGAACCUUUAGAGCAACUUUAAGGCUUGUAAAUACAUAGAACAAAUAUUUAAAAAAAGAAAUUGACUCGAUACUAUUUCUUUUCACUUUCAAAAUAUAAAGAACAAAAUAAAGAGAAACCUUGCAAGUUUAA